AUGGCGCAUAAUUCAAAUUCUGCGUUACUUUUGGGACAGGCUUUAUAUCCCUUCACUGGGAUUACUCCAGAAAAGCCCGAAUCGGAAGAAGAGGACGGCGUGGAGACCGAAUCUGAAAACUCAGAAAAUAUAGAAGACUGUGAACAAAGAAAAACAAUAAAAGUUAAGCCCUUUGGUGGACCCUUACUUGCCCAAGCAGAAAUUUCUUCUAGCCAACAAGACUUUUUUAAAAUGUUAGAGGAAAAGAUUCAAAAUGGACCAGAUUACAAUUCUGAAAGCGAGACUGAAAAAGCCGCUGAAGCAGCUCGAUUGAGGGCUCUCCUGAAAGACUGGGAAACAGCCAGUGCGGGGUCCAGCUCCCUCCCGGCCACCCCUAAACGUCGGCCGCAGACCAUGCUGCGAGCGGACGGCGUGAGAUCGGCAGAGGUGGCAAGAGAAAUGCCGAGACCUCCUGAUAGGGCUUAUGUCUCCCAGAUCCCUCAAAGCGUAAUCCACCAAUCAUACGGCAUCACUCAAGUAGCCUACAGACAAGUGAAUUACAACAAUGCCAACUACAUCUCCCAAAGUCCUUCCCACCAAAUAGCUUACCCUUCUGCCAUGCAAUAUCAAGCAAUCAGCCCCAUGUAUACCAGUCAACCAACCUACCAACCACCACCUAGACAAUACCCAAGUUACAACCAACAUGGGAGCCCUAUAAAAACCUAUGUCAACAGUUCCCCAAAACACAUUCCUUACGAACAACCUGCAACAUACUCUCCGACACAUAAAUUCUAUGGACCACCUGUAGCUGUCGCCAAAUCUGUUUAUACGAAUGGAGAGCUCCUGCAGCAACAGCUUAUGAACCACCACACGAUGCAAUAUCAGCAAUACAAAGAGGCUAGGGAGCAAGUCUUGGCACAACACCAACAACAGUCUGUGUAUAGGGGACCUCCGAGAAAUUAUCAGAGUAGUGUUACGAUUCCCAUUGUCGUUAAAAGUAAUCAACAGAACGAAAUGAAUUCACUGCAUAGGAAGCAGUAUGAACUGACGUGA